GGAGAGGAGGGGCGAUGGGAGUGUCAUCUUUGGUAAAAUCAUAGCUAGAGAGGCAUCGAGGUUGAGCAGAAAGAAGUUGAAGUCAGAUCCAGUCAAACUCCUGUGGUUUAAAUCUGUUUCCUGAUCUUGUUUCUCUCCUCUGGAUAACACGAUGGACCGAACCCCAGCUGAAGUUUCCAGCUCUCUGGCAGUAAAGGAUCUGAGGAUUGUGCUGCUGGGGAAAACUGGAUCAGGUAAGAGCGCAACAGGGAAUACCAUCCUGGGAAGGGCAGCUUUUGCUUCAGAAUCAUCUCCAACCUCUGUAACUAAAGACAGCACAAAAGAAACCGGACAAGUCAACAGAAGAUCUGUGAGCGUCAUCGAUACUCCUGGAGUCUUCGACACGUCCAUUACAGAGAAUGAGCUGAAACGUGAAAUAGAGAACUGCAUCAUGUUGUCUCUUCCUGGACCGCACGUCUUCCUGCUGGUCAUCAGUCUGGCUGUGAGGUUCACCAAAGAAGAGAAAGAUGCUGUUAAGUGGAUCACAGACAACUUUGGUGAAGAAGCCUCCAAGUUCACCAUUGUUGUUUUCACCAGAGGAGAUGAGCUCAGGGGAAACAUUGAGAGCUAUUUGCACAAAAAUGCUGAUCUGAUGAAGCUCACCAGUGACUGUAAAGCCGGUUAUGUUGUGUUUGACAACAAAUGCAUGAGAAAUCACCCUCAGGUGGCUGAUCUGUUUGAUAAAAUUGACAAAACUGUGGAAUUGAACGGAGGCCAUUACACCAGCAGCAUUUAUGAAGAGGCCCAGAGAAGGUGUUGGUGGAGUCGGGCUGGGCAGAUGGUUGCAGCAGCUGCACCUGCAGUUGCAGCAGGUGCAGCUGCUGCAGGUAUAGCGAUAAUGAGGAUGCUUGAAGCUGCUGUGGUGACACGUGGAUUUAAAGGAAACGUGAGAUUUGCUAAAGAGGAGGGGCAGUGGGAGGGGAAACUUUGUGAUACAGACGUGUGGAGUCUAGGCAGAAGGACCUGGAUUUCUGUUUCAUUAAAUGCGCCUCUUCCAACAGAUCUCUGCUCUCCUACAGUGAAGGAUCUGAGGAUUGUGCUGCUGGGGAAAACUGGAUCGGGUAAGAGUGCAACAGGGAAUACCAUCCUGGGAAAGACAGCUUUUACUGCAUCCAUGUCUCCCACCUCUGAAACUAAAAUUUGUGCAAAAGAAACUGGACACUUUGAUGAAAGAACCGUGAGCAUCAUCGACACUCCUGGAGUUUUUGACACUGCCACUGAGGAUGACGAGCUGAAACGUGAAAUAGAGAACUGCAUAAUGUUGUCUCUUCCUGGACCACACGUCUUCCUGCUGGUCAUCAGUCUGGCUGUGAGAUUCACUAAAGAGGAGAAAGAUGCUGUUAAGUGGAUCACAGACAACUUUGGUGAGGAUGCCUCCAAGUACACCAUCGUCGUUUUCACCAGAGAAGACGAACUCAAGGAAAACAUUGAAGACUAUUUGAACAGAAGCGGGGAUCUGAAGAAACUCACCAGUGACUGUAAAGCUGGGUAUGUUGUGUUUGACAACACGUGCAGGAGGAAUCGCACUCAGGUGGCUGAUCUGUUUGACAAAAUAGAUGCAGCGGUGCAAUCAAACGGGGGCCAUUACAUCAGCAGCAUUUAUGAAGCAGCCCAGAGGGAGUUGUGGUGGCGUGGAGUUGGGAACAAACUGAACUCGGCAGAAAAUCUACUGCUAGGUGCGGCAGUGGGUACAGCAAGUAUGGCUGCUCCUGCUGUAGGUGCUGCAGUCACGUUAGAGGAGGUUGUAGCUCUGUCUGUACGACCUAUCGUGAUGCUCGGUGGUGCAGUGCUGGCUAAAGGCAUCAGAUGGUGGACGACUCCGAAAACAAAAAACGACACCUAAACCAGCUAAAAUGAUCAUUAUGAAGUUAUCCCUUUAACCUUCUCUUUCAGUUUUAUUUGAGAUGGUUACACACGUCGACAGUAUUGGUGCCUUUAAGGCUGUACGUUCUGUGCAGCUUUUGACACUGUUGCUCACGGCACCUUAAUUAACAGACUUCGUGACUCGGUGGGGAUCUCUGGAACUGUUCUAGACUGGUUUAGAUCGUACCUUUCCAAAUAAUGUCAGAUUCUACCGAUCUGUUUUGUGGGGUACCCCAAGGCUCUGUUUUGGGUCCACUCUUGUUUCUGCUGUACUUACACCCUCUUGGACAGAUAAUUGAUUCUUUUCAUAAUGUUUCUUAUCACCUAUAUGCAGAUGACAUUCAGCUGUACUGCUCCUGUAAGGAUUCUGAGUUCUAUAAACUGUCUGAAUUACUAGAGUGUCUAUCAGCUAUCACCAGCUGGCUAGAAGAUAACUUACUCCAGUUAAACUCUGAAAAGACUGAAUGUCUGAUCAUUGCCAAUGAGAGCAUGGUUGCCCUGAUUAGUCUAAAACUUGGUCAUUUAUCCUCUGCCGUCAUGACAAACUUAAGAAAUUUGGGCGUUAUUUUUGACCAAUCAAUGUCUCUUGAAGGUCACACAAAAACAUUGGUCCGAUACUGUUUUCAUCACUUGAGAAUCAUCUCCAAACUGCGAAGGUUGGUGUCAAAGCAUGAACUUAAAAUGGUUAUCCAUGCCACACUUGGCCACCUUCAGUUGGUCCAGAACUCUGCAGCGAGGCUCCUAACUGGAGCAAACAGAAGAGCUCACAUCACUCCUAUUCUAAUGUCUCUGCACUGGUUACCCGUUAACUUUAGAGUUCAUUUUAGAUUCCUGAUUAUAACUUUCAAUGCUCUACAUGGUCAAGCUCCUCCCUAUAUUACUGAACUGUUAAAGCCUUAUGCUCCAACCCGAGCCUUCAGGUCCACACAACAGAACCUUCUAGAAGUUCCAAAAACCAGAUAUAAAAUCGAGGUGAUCGCUCCUUCCGGACUGUUGCACCCCGACUUUGGAAUGAUUUUCCUUUAUCCUCAUGUUGCAUUGCCACUCUGGACACUGUAAUCUUUCAUCUGUUUGUGAAAUUUAAAAAUUGUAUGACUUUUUCUGAUGUUCAUCUAUUUCUGUUUUGAGAUCAGUAUGAUUUUAUGACUUUGUUUUAUUGUGUUUUGAUCUAUGUUAAGCACUUUGUGAUUAUAUGUCUGUGAUAAGUGCUAUAUAAAUAAAAUUUACUUAUUUUACUUA